GGUCAAUUAAUGCUUGCUCCUUCCACUCCAUAAUGCAACAUGAAAUGGAAUAAUACGUGUCGUCCGCACCUCAUUUGUUGAGUCCUCCAUUGAACAGGACGGUCGUUCUCAUGUGGGGGUGCGAGACAGGGUGGGACAAGUUGGAUCAAAUUUACCUUUCACAUACGCAGUCUCCGCCAACUCUGAAAAGGGAAAGUGGCACCUCAUAAUUUUACCUAAAGUUAUACUUUUGACAUUUUCAACAUGACGUCGAAGCAAUUAGAAGAUGACGGCUUUGUAACGGUGGAAAAGAGGUUUAAAUACAUGUCUAUUGGUGGUGCUGGCAACAAUAGUAAACGCUCGAAAAACAAAAAGAAGAAUCGUUACGUUUUCAAAGAUUCCAUUGAUUACACCUUGAAUGAUCUCGAACCGAUCCUCGCUCAACGACGUGAGGCCCUUGGUGACAGUCAAUUUUACAAAGAUCUUUUAGACAUCUUAGAGCAACAACUUAUACCAACGCAACCACAGGAAUUGAUUUGUUAUGGCAUUGGAUCUAUGCAACACUCUAAAAACGCACAGUAUCAAUUUAUACUGGCAUUAUUAUUACGGGAUAUGCUCAAGAGUGUAGAAAAGGUGUCAAUUUAUGAUCCAGUCAUGACCGAGUUAGAUAAGGAACUGUCCAAGUCAUAUAAUAUAGAUGUGAUAGAAACAAACGAGGAUGGCAAGCGAAAAGUAUCACGACCGACGUUGUUCUAUAUGCCGCAUUGCGGUCGAGGACUGUAUAGCAACACACUGAGUGCGAACUGGGAUAAAGAAUCAUUACCGAAUGUCAUCAUGAUUGCGAAUCGGUUCGAUAUGUAUGUUGGAACUCAACUAGAAAGGGAUUUGCGUCGAGAAUGUCCGUACUUGAUACCAGCGGUCGAGUUGGUCGACUGCACGUCGUUUCCAAAAGAAUUCGAUGACAAUAAGGUCUUUAAUGAUCUUUCUGUAAUAACAUUUCCAAAAACCAGUGUGGAAAAUGUAAAGGAUAGCUAUUGGGAUGAUGUACCAGUAGAAAAAGUAGAAGAAUAAAUCCAGUGUACCAAAGUUAUGUUUAUUGUAUAAUAUGUGCUUUGCGUUACUUCAA